ACCCCCUCCACUUGUCCGUGGGCUAGCCUUGAUUUCUUCGAUAAGUUCACGAGUUCUUCUCCGGUCGGAGUUCUUGCUUCUUGGUUCUCGGGGUUCGGUCUUUUUGGGUUGUCUAGUUGCUCUUCCGGGCUUUCGGGCUAUUUUAGUUUCUGUUGUCUAUUUUGGGGUUGAGCCUUUGUUUGGGUCUGUCUCGGAUAUUAUGCUUGCAAACGCAAGCCUCUGUUGGUCGAGGUUCCUUCCGGCCUAUUCGAGUCCGGUUGUAGGUCUACUUGCUAGUUUGGGUGGGCUUUGGCUUCGAUUUUGGUUGGGUUAUAUAGGCGCUCUUGUCAUUGGUCCGGUUACGAUGUUUUUUAGCUCGCUGGUUAGUUGGGUUUGGGAGCUAUGCCUUUGUUGGCUUGCCUCUGUUUGGGCCUACCUCGGUCGACUCGGCGAGUCUGCCUCAUUACGGCCUCCUCGCUGCUUGUCUCAUAUUCCGAGUGGGCUUCACUAG